GUAUGUUUUUGAAAAAGGGUUCUUUAGGCUUGAGCAGCGCGUUGGUGUCGUGUUUAAAAUUAUGCUACGAAUUGUUGCCACAGAUUCCACCUCGCAAGCUUUUCGCUGAUCCUUGCAGGUGCAUAGUAUAUACCGAUGCCUCUUGGCAGAGAGGUCGAACGGGGACCAUUGCCGGAGUGCUUAUAGAUCUUGAGCAGGUAACUGAUGCUUCAACGCCUGAGGGUCUAGGCAUUUUAAGUUAUUGGAAAUAUGAUGUGCAUAAGCAUAUGACGCAUGAGAAAUUUGCUAGUUUCCCUAUCAAUGUUUUGGAGUCCAUAGCUCCCACCGUGAGUGUUCAGGUGUGGGGUGAGUUAUUUAGGAAUUCGCGGGUAGAAAUGUAUAUAGAUAAUUCAAGUGCGCAAGGAUGUUUGAUUCGAAUGAACUCGGGCAAGCCCCAUCUCGCUGUAAUGAGUUUUGAAUUUUGGCGGAGUUGUUCGCUUUUAAGUAUUUCGCCAUAUAUAGAUAGAGUGCCUUCCGCCGAUAACAUAGCUGACCUUCCGACGAAGGUCAAUCUUUUGUCUUUCUUUCGGGAAUUUUUCAAUACGCGAGAGGUUCCCCUUUCGGAUAAAAUUGUACAGGAUUUGCAUAGGUUGUUGAUGCUUGAUGUAAGAUGGAAGGAGAUUUUGAUUGAUGGAAUUGCUCAGGCUUGAC